UUUUCGGAACACCUCUGCUUUUCUUUCAUCGAUAAAUGUGUAUUUGCAUAAUCAAGGCAAGGUGAUCUACGAUAGUCUGAUAGAUGUUGAGGCUGGCUGUGCGCUGUGUAGCAUUACGGAGAGGACCAGUUGUCACGAUGUCUUCAGCAACAUAUUACGAUAUAUCAGAUAUGAGAAAACCUUACAGAGCCAGUGAUGAUGUAUUUGAUGUUGGCAACCUGGUAUCUACAAACCCUAUACAACAGUUUGAAGCCUGGUUCAAUGAAGCAAGGGCUGUUCCAAAUAUUGGGGAGGCCAAUGCCAUGGCCUUGGCAACCGCCUCAAAAUCGGGGUUUCCCUCUGUGCGGAUGGUGCUGAUGAAGGGGUUCAGUGAAAAAGGAUUUACCUUCUUCACAAACUACGAGAGCCGUAAAGCAGCUGAAUUGGAUGAAAAUCCAGUCUGUUCCUUAAUGUUUUAUUGGGAUCCAAUGAAAAGAUCUGUCAGGAUUGAGGGAACAGUAGAAAGAGUACCAGAAGAAGAGUCAUUGCACUAUUUUGAACAGCGACCUCGCAAGAGUCGGUUAGGUGCCAUAGUUAGCCAUCAGAGUACAAUAUUAGAGAGUCGAGAGGUAAUCAACCAAAAAUAUGCAGAUCUUCUUGAGGAAUACAAAGAUGAAGAGAAAAACAUUCCCAAGCCUGAUUAUUGGGGAGGAUACUUAGUCCGACCAAUCAGCAUGGAGUUCUGGCAGGGACAGACUAAUCGCCUCCAUGACAGAAUUCGAUUCCAUAAACUUAAAGAAAAUGAGGCAAUAGACUCCAAAUGUAUGCACCAGGGCGACAGAGACUGGGUCUUUGAGAGGCUUGCUCCAUAAAUGCAGUUUUUUUUUACUUUUCAGAUUUUUGUUCAUUUCACUGAUGAUAUUGGGAAACUUUUUGUAUGCUUUUAACUAAUUCUUGUAUAUUUACAUUGCAUUUAUUUGUAUCAUUAACAAUUUGCCUUUUGUUUCAGUACAAGUCUGAUACAUUGCACUUGUGAAUUUGCUAGAGAAUGUUUCAUUUUCAUUGCACUCACUUUCUGAUGAAAUAUUUUGCUGUGUAGUGUUGCAGUUACUUAAGAUGUUAUUUUUAUUAGUAUGGAAUAAGGUAGCCAAUUGUUAUUUCAUUGCUUUAUUUGUUCCUAUAGUCAACAGAUGUCCCCUAAUAAAUUUCUCUGAUACAUGUUGGUUGGUGUAUAUGUACGAUAUAUACAUGUAGUUGAAGAUUGUCUAUUUCAAGAAAUUUUGGCAGAAGAGGUAUUGACUCCUUUCAACUAAUUUUUUUUUCAUGUUUAUGCUUAAAAAUUGGCAAGAAAUAAAUUUAUACAUACAUGAAAUUUA